AUGGCUGGGAAUGCAAGAGACUCUGCACGAAGCAGUCUCAAGUCUGCAAGCAGCAACAUUGUGUCAACUGGAGCUACUCAGUUUGUCAAGGAAUCAUUCAGACAACUCAACAAGCGAGCUGAUGUUCAUGUGGAUUCGACUAGAUAUGUCCAGUCUGCACCUAAUAUCUGGAGACAGGCGAUUUCAUACGAAAAAGAAAAUGAUUUGGUUCAGACAUAUAUUAUGUUUAUGCGAUACACAGUACUCGGAGUUACAGAGCUUAAAAAACAUCCAGAUUACAAGUCACCUGCUGUUCAAGGGGACAUUCAAAAGAUUCAAAUGAAUUGUGCCAUGGCUAUUACAAAACUGGAGCGAAUUCGUCCACUUCUUGAAAAACGGUAUUCAGCGAUCGAGCAAGCAAACAUAAUAGAAAUGGACCGGCGAAAGCGUGAGUAUGCAGCAAGAGUCGAGGCAGCACAGAUUGCUUUGAAUGCAGAGAAAAUGAAAGCAAAUCAGCACUCUGACAUGAGUGUACAUACCGAAAGGGUGUCUAGCGGAUCUGCUAUGGAGGGUCAACUCUAUGAUGAUGAAUGGUGGCGUAUGGAAUCUGGAUCAAAGAGUGAUGGUCAAUCCAUGACAAAAUCUAUUCAGUCGGAAUUACCAGCAGCUAUGCCCACAUACUCACUUCCUGUGCAGUCUACAUCAAACAUUUCAGCAUCACUACCUCCACCUAUACCAUUCAAGCCAAGCAAUGCAAUGUCUGCUCUUCUUGGACCUGAACCUUCAUACGAAUCAUUGACAUCUCCUACUUACAAGACUAUUUUUGACGAUUCUCUUGAAGGAAAGUUACGAAAAAUGCAUCUUCCACGCAGACUGAUGCAAGAGUUUUUGAAACGAGCGCAACCCAAUACCAGUCGCAAUCUAGAAACGUGUGGUAUUCUUUGCGGAAGACUUCAAAAGAACGAAUUUACAAUCACCAACUUGGUGAUUCCCAAACAAACUGCCACGUCAGAUACAUGUUCCACGACAAACGAAGAAGAUUUGAUUGAGUUUCAAGAUAAAAGAGAUCUGAUUACUCUAGGAUGGAUUCAUACACAUCCCAGUCAGAGUUGUUUUUUGAGUUCGGUAGAUCUUCACACGCACUGUUCAUACCAAUUGAUGUUACCAGAAGCCAUAGCAAUAGUGAUGGCACCCUCCAAGACUCCAUCACAGGGAAUAUUUCGUUUAACCGAUCCACCAGGAAUUGAUGUGGUAACAGCGUGUCGCGAUCCACAAAUGUUUCAUUUGCAUGAGGGAUACGAAGGACAACUGUAUGAAUCAACAGAAAAAGGACAUGUUUAUGUUUCUGAUGAGAUGAUGCUGGACAUAACAGACAUGCGAGUAUAA